AUGGCGCCGGUGUUCGACGGAUCGACGACGAAAAAGCGACACAUCUCGCUCGGAGGACGGCGAAAGGAUGAACCGUCGACGCAGCGGGCGCUGAUCGAGAGCGCGCGCGAGGCGCGGGAGCGGAGGGCGGCGCAGAGGGCGACGGCGACGGCGACGGCGACGGCGCAGCGGUUUCGACGAGGCGCGCGGGAGGUUAGACGCGCGAAAGCGGCGGUGAGGGAAGCGUACGCGAACGCGAGCGAAGGUGUGAUGGUUGAUGACGCGUCGUGCAGGGCUUUGGUGUAUUUUGGUGAUGGAUGGAGAGAUUGGGCGGCGUGCGCGGCGGCGUGUGAACGGUUGUACGCGGCGGCGACGACGACGACGAGCGUGGCGCCGAGCGAGGCGUUCGUGGAGAGAUGGGACGACGCGAUGCGGGCGUCGGGCGUGGAGCGCGCGCGAUGGGUGAUUAGGAUGCGGAAGAUGGUGCGGUUGAUCGUGGGGUCGCUUCGAGCGACGACGCGCUUGGAGGAGACGACUGGACGCGACGUCGCGGAGACGCACUUAGCGAGCGCUUUGUUGGCGCUCAUGGCGAGAGAUGACGCGAGAUGGAAAGAUACUGGCGUUCAAUUGUGCGCGACUCUGUGCUCGAACGAUGGUUUGGAAGAUGUGCGAGAGAUUUUGCUCGAUAUUUUGAGAAAUCAAAGUCGCCGCGACGACGUCGUUCGGGCGGCGAUGCUUAGGACGUGCGAAAACAUCGCGCGGUGUAGCGGUGACGACGCGAGUGGUGCGCUCGCGUCGAUGCUCGCGACGAUACCCGGGGUGUGGGACACGUUCGGGCCGGAGAUUCAUUCGAGAGAUUUGUGGUCGUUCGUCGUCGACGCGUUCAAGUCUGAUCGUCACGUCGACUCGGUGGCUACCGUCGCACUCGAGACGCCGCUGAGCGGCGUCGACGCCGCGCUCGGGAACGUGUUGCAACUCACGAAAACGUUCAUAGGUACGAUGGACUUUUCGCAGUCACAGAAUGUCGUCGUCGCGGUGACAAAACUCAUGGAGUCGUCUGUUUUGAGCGGCGCGCUCUUUGCCACAACGCCGAACGCGAUGGAGGACGAAGACGAUGACGAGGGCGGUGCGGACGACGACGACGACGACGACGAUAGCGUCAAGAUUGACUUACUCAAUCUUCGCGCCGUGCGCGCGGAGGCGCGUAAAAUUCGACGCGUGCCCCCUGACGUGGACAUGGAGGCGGUGCGAGCCACGAGGACGUGGAUGCAAACGCGCGAAUUCUUCGGCGACAACGCGUGUGUCGCGCGACUCGUCACAACGAUCAUGCCUGCGAACGACGCGCAGCGAUGCUUAGUAGGCAUCGAAGGGUUCACGCAUUUCGCGUGCGCGUGCGACAUGGUGCUCAGAGGCGCCGAGCGAGCGUCGUUCACGCGCGUGCUCACGUUUGGCACGGAUUGCAUCGCUCAACUUUGGCCCGCCCUCGAGCAUUGGAGGCAAACUUCCGGAGGUGGGCAAGAACGCUCGUUCCGCAGAGCCUUGGGCGUUUUCGCAAAGUUGUACAACACCUACACCGCUAUUUCCGACGAUGAAGAAUUUUAUCGUCUGGGAAAACCGCUCGGUCUCGAGGCGACGACGCGUCUCGUCGCAUUUUUAAGAGACACGCUCUGGACGUUGCU